AUUCUAUACCAACUUAUAGCAGCAGGGUAAUGUGAAUUAAUAGCAUCAUUGAAGUCUGCUUAACAUUUUGCUGUUAAGAGUUUCGGCCAUGACAGAUUUUUAUUACCAUUUUGUGGAUAUUUUCUGGGAGUGAAUGCCUUGGAAAAAUUACUAACUCCAUCAUCUUUGGAUUCAAGAGAUGUUUAGAAAACAGAGCUAUCAAUCAAGAAGCAGGUUGGUCCAUUACAUUUUGUUACAAAUGUCUUGGGAUGUGGUUCUGAGUCAGCUGCAUUAUAUCAUUCCGGAGGAAUCCAAACAUGGCACCUUUGUAGGAAGAAUUGCUCAGGAUCUGGGAUUGAGUUUAGGUGAGAUUAAUUCCAGAAUGUUACAUGUUGUCUCUAGAGAUGAGAAGGAAUAUUUCCAGGUGAACCUGCAGAAUGGAAUUAUGUUUGUUAAAGAGACAAUAGACAGAGAGCUGAUGUGCCCUGAUACACCAUUCUGCAUCAUUUCUCUGCAGGUUAUUGUAGAUAAGCCUGUGCAGAUGUAUCGUGUAGAUGUUGAAAUAGAAGAUAUAAAUGACAAUAGCCCAACAUUCUCUUUCACUGUGACUAAUUUAUUGAUAUCAGAAGUCAGACCUGCAGGAUCUCAUUAUCUACUGAAAGGUGCUGUUGAUCCAGAUUUAGGAACAAAUUCCAUUACCAAUUAUGAGCUUAGUGCCAGUGAUUAUUUUACAUUAGAUUUUCAGAAAUAUAUGAACCAAAUCAGAUCUUUGGAGCUUGUACUAAAGAAAUCACUAGACAGAGAAAAGCAGUCAGUUCACAAUCUGAGACUCACAGCCUAUGAUGAAGGCAAACCAAGAUUAAGUGGUACAACUCAAAUAAUAAUUAAUGUUGAAGAUUUUAAUGAUAAUGCCCCCUUCUUUGAUCAACCAUUUUAUCAGUGCAAUGUGAUUGAAAAUAUUCAUAUAGGAUUCCUAGUGUUUAAACUGAAUGCUACAGAUUUAGAUCAAGGACAAAAUGCUGAAAUAGUAUAUGAAUUUGGUAACAUGGCAAUGGAAGAAGUGAGGACGAUUUUCAGCUUAGACAAACAUACUGGAGAAAUAAGAGUAACUAGUGAAAUAGAUUUUGAAAAGACAAAAAUUUAUGAAAUACAAGUUGAUGCUAUUGAUAAAGGAGAACACCCAAUGGUUGGACACUGUAAAGUUCUAGUAACUGUUGUUGAUGUUAAUGACAAUCCUCCUGAAAUGACAGUGACAUCAUUAUCAGUUCCCGUUCCUGAAGAUUCCCCACAAGGCACAACAGUUGCCAUAAUUAGUCUGCAUGACAGAGAUUCUGGAUUAAAUGGCAAAGUCCAGUGCCACCUUUCUGAUCAUUCACCCUUUAAAAUAAAUCCAGCAUUUAUGGGAGAUUUUUCAUUGACUGUGAAUCAACCAUUGGAUAGAGAAAUGAAAAGUGAAUAUGAAGUUUUAAUAACAGCAAGGGAUGAAGGUUCCCCAUCUCUUUCAGUUUCAAAAACUAUAAAUGUUUCUAUAAGCGAUGUUAAUGAUAAUGCCCCCAAGUUUCAACAGCCUGUUGAUACUAUCUUCAUCAAGGAAAAUAAUCCUCCGGGGUCUCAUUUUUACACAGUAUCUGCCUAUGAUCCAGAUGUUGGCCAGAAUUCCUUCAUCACGUAUUCAAUAAUGGAUAGCACCAUUGAUCGGAUCCCCAUAUCUUCCUACAUUUCUAUCAAUCCAGAGAAUGGAAAAGUAUUUGCAUUAGUGUCAUUUGACCAUGAACAAGUCACAUAUUUUCAGUGUCAUAUAAAAGCCUCAGAUGCUGGUCUACCAUCACUAAGCUCAAAUUUAACACUUAAUAUUUUUAUUGAAGAUAUAAAUGACAACGCACCUGCCUUUCCAUUAUCUUAUUCCCCAAUGUUAAUUAAAACUACAAAAUCAGCACAACCUGGACAACUGGUUACAAAAGUGAGAGCUAUGGAUAUAGAUUCUGGAUAUAAUGCCUGGAUUUCUUACAAUUUUAAGGAGCCAUUAGUAAAAACACCCUUUGUAAUUUCUGAAACAACUGGAGAUAUUAGUCUGAAACGUGCAUUGUCAGAUUCAGAUAUUGAUGAAUACCAUUUAGUUGUAGUUGCUCAAGAUCAUGGAGACCCAGUCAUGACUUCAGUUACACAAAUUGCAAUCUUUUUCAUAGGAGCUGGUGAAGAAAUCAAACUUAUUGAUAAUAAUUCAAAAAACAGCAAUGAAGACUUUUCUGAGACAAACAUUUACUUAGUUGUUGCCAUAUGCAUAAUAUCAUGCAUAUUUCUCAUUACAAUAAUUACCUUCACUAUUCUUAGAUGGCAAAAAUAUAGGGAUGAAGUCAACGACCUUAAAGAAAGUUACAAGAUUUGUUCCAACACCGGGGGUAGUUGGAUGUAUUCACAACACACUCAAUACCGAGUAUAUUCAAACCCACAGCAGGGUAAGAAUGACUUAAUUGUCUUUACACCAAAUGGUUCUCAACAAGCAAAUAAUGAAGAUGUAACUCCACAAUAUCAAAGGCCAAAUUCCUUAUAUCAGAUCAUAAUAGUUAGUGUCAAGCAGAAGCUAACACAUUUUAAAAGAACAAAAGCUGUUGAAAUAGAAGAUAUUAAUGAUAAUAGUCCAAAAUGUUCUUCCGUUAUGAAUAAUUUACUAAUAUCUGAGCUGAUUCCUGCAGGAUCUCGCUUUCCACUGAAAAUUGCCAUUGAUCCAGAUCUUGGAACAAACUCUAUUACUAAUUACGAGCUCAGUCCCAGUGAUCAUUUUGCAUUAGAUUUUCAGAAGUAUAUGAACCAAAUCAGAUCAUUAGAACUUGUACUUAAGAAAUCUCUAGACAGAGAAAAGCAGUCUAUUCACUAUUUGAUACUCACGGCCUAUGAUGGAGGCAAUCCUAGACUGAGUGAUGUGGCUCUGAGUCAGCUGCAUUAUAUCAUCCCAGAGGAAUCCAAACACGGCACCUUUGUUGGAAGAAUUGCACAGGAUCUGGGAUUGGACAUAGGUGAGAUUAAUUUUAGAAUGUUACAUGUUGUCUCUAGAGAUGAUAAGGAAUAUUUCCAGGUAAAUCUGCAAAAUGGAAUCCUGUUUGUUAAAGAGACAAUAGACAGGGAGAUGCUGUGUCAAAAUGCACCAUUCUGUACCAUUCCUCUGCAGGUUAUUGUAGAUAAGCCUGUGCAGAUGUAUCGUGUAGAAGUUGAAAUAGAAGAUAUUAAUGAUAAUAGUCCAAAAUGUUCUUCCGUUAUGAAUAAUUUACUAAUAUCUGAGCUGAUUCCUGCAGGAUCUCGCUUUCCACUGAAAAUUGCCAUUGAUCCAGAUCUUGGAACAAACUCUAUUACUAAUUACGAGCUCAGUCCCAGUGAUCAUUUUGCAUUAGAUUUUCAGAAGUAUAUGAACCAAAUCAGAUCAUUAGAACUUGUACUUAAGAAAUCUCUAGACAGAGAAAAGCAGUCUAUUCACUAUUUGAUACUCACGGCCUAUGAUGGAGGCAAUCCUAGACUGAGUGGUACAACCCAAAUAAUAAUUAAUGUUGAAGAUCUUAAUGAUAAUGCCCCUUUAUUUGACAUGCCAUUUUACCAGUGCAGAUCUUUGUGGAUUUGGCCCUUAGUCUUUAAGCUGAAUGCUACCGAUUUGGACCAAGGAAAGAAUGGGGAAAUAUCAUAUGAAUUUGGGGACAUGGUGAUGGAAGAAGUGACUAGAGUUUUUAGUCUUGAUAAACAUACAGGAGAAAUAAGAGUGAAAGGUGAAAUUGAUUUUGAAAAGAUGAACAUGUAUGAAAUUCAAGUUGAUGCAAUUGACAAUGGGGAUAAUCCAAUGGUUGGGCAUUGUAAAGUUCUAGUGACUGUUGUGGAUGUCAACAACAAUCCUCCUGAGAUGACAAUUACAUCAUUAUCAGUUCCUGUUGCAGAGGACUCUCCACAAGGGACAACUGUUGCAAUUAUCAGUAUACACGACAGAGACUCAGGAUCAAAUGGAAAAGUUCAAUGUCACAUUUCUGAACAAGUACCAUUUAAGGUAAAUCCAGCAUUUAUGGGGGAUUUUUCAGUGACAGUAAAUGGACCCUUAGAUCGGGAAAAAAAAGAUGAUUAUGAAAUUACAAUUACUGCAAGAGAUGAAGGCUCUCCAGCUCUAUCGGUUUCAAAAAGUAUAAGAGUUAUAAUAAGUGAUGUAAAUGACAAUGCACCUCAGUUUAUUCAACCUAGUGAUACAAUUUUCAUCAAGGAAAAUAAUGCACCAGGUUCUUAUAUUUACACAGCUUCAGCAUAUGAUCCAGAUAUAGGCCAGAAUUCCUUCAUCACAUAUUCAAUUGCAAACGGUAACAUUGAUGGAAUUCCCCUUUCUUCCUACAUCUCCAUCAAUCCAGAGAAUGGGAAGGUUUUUGCUUUAGUGUCUUUUGAUCAUGAACAAAUCAAAUAUUUUCAGUGCCACAUAAGAGCAACUGAUGAUGGUCUAUCUCCACUCAGCUCUAACCAAACAUUAAAUAUCUUCACUGAGGAUAUUAAUGACAAUGCUCCAAUGUUUUCUCUUCUUUAUUCUCCAACUAAUAUGACUCCAAAGUCUGCUCAAGCUGGAUAUCUGGUAGCUAAAAUCAGAGCAGUGGACCUAGAUUCAGGGUACAAUGCUUUGAUGCCUUAUAAUUUUAGAGAUCCACCAGGAAAAGAUCCAUUCAUUAUUUCUCAACAAACUGGGGAAAUAAUUUUAAAACGUUCAUUUGUAGAGUCAGAUAAUGAUGAAUAUAGAUUGCUAGUGGUUGCUAAGGACCAUGGUGAACCAGUCAUGACAGCGCUCACACAAGUAAUUAUUUCUUUGGUGGAACCAGGAGAACGAGUAAAUUUGGAUAAUCUUGAUUUACAGAGCAACAAUGAUGGCUUUUCUACCACAAAUAUUUAUUUGGUUGUUACAAUAUGCAUAAUCUCAAGUAUAUUUCUCAUCACAUUAAUUGCCUUCACUGUUUUACGAUGGCAAAAAUACAGAGACAAGGUCAAUGAUUUGAAAGAAAGUUACAAGAUUUGUACCAAUACUGGAGGCAGUUGGAUGUACUCUCAACAUUCUCAGUACAGAGUGUGUUCAAACUCACACCAAACUAAAAAUGACCUGAUUGUAUUCACUCCAAAUAGUUCUCAGGCUCCAAGCAAUGAAGAGAACGUGAACCAACAAAGUGCUAUAAUAUAUUCCUCAAACAAGGAUUUCGUGGAAAGGUAA